AUGGAUGAAGAAAUAAACGUAACAUAUAUAACUCUAGGUGGACAUGUGGAAGUUCACAAAUACAGAUUCCUUUAUUUUAUGAUCAUGUUUAUAGCAUACAUUUUAGUAAUCUGCAGUAAUUCUACUAUUGUGUAUCUUAUUGUGAUUCACCGAAACCUCCAUGAGCCUAUGUACGUUUUCAUUGCAGCUUUGUUAAUCAACUCUGUUCUUUUCAGCACUGCUAUUUACCCAAAGCUUCUGAUUGACUUUUUAUCUGAAAAACAAAUCAUACCUUAUUCAGCCUGUAUCUUUCAGGGUUUUCUGUUUUAUGCUUUAGGCGGUGCAGAGUUCUUACUGUUGUCAGCCAUGGCCUAUGACAGGUAUGUGUCUAUAUGUAAACCUCUGCAAUAUCCAACUAUCAUGAGAAAAACAACUGUCUGUAUCUUUCUGGCUUUAGCUUGGUUUGUUCCUGCUUGUCAGCUUGUGGCAUCAGCGGUGGUAAACAUUCAUGUAAAGCUCUGCAGAUUUACUGUGAGAGCAAUUUUUUGCAAUAACUUUGUUUACAGACUUCAUUGCAGCGGGUCAAGAGCACUGUCUAUAUUUGGUGUGGUCAUUUUGCUCAGUGUUGCAUUAUUUCCAAUGCUCUUCAUUCUUUUUACAUAUGCAACAAUAUUCAGAAUAACCUAUCGAAGUUGCAGAAAAGUCAGGAAAAAAGCUGCAGAGACCUGUUUACCUCACCUGUUGGUUUUGAUCAACUUCUCCUUGCUGUGCACAUAUGAUGUAACUAUAGUUAGACUGAAAUAUGAUAUUCCAAAACUUGCAAAUUUAAUAAUGACUUUACAGCUGGUUUUGUAUCAUCCGCUUGUUAAUCCAAUCAUAUAUGGACUAAAAAUGAAAGAAAUUUCAAAACACCUCAGGCAGUUGUUAUGUCAAGGCAAGGUUAACUCAUGUUAA